AGUCACCAUGAGGACGCUGGUCCUGCUCUGCUGCUUCGUGGCGUCGCUCCUGCCCCUAGGACAAACAGAAGAGGCAGAGGAUGUGAGUGAAGAAGCCCCAUUGAGGGACCGCUCCCACAUCGAGAAAACUCUGAUGCUGAAUGAGGACAAGCCAGUGGAUGAUUACUCUGUGGUGCUGCAGCGGCUUCGAAAGAUCUACCACUCAUCCAUCAAGCCCCUGGAGCAGUCUUACAAAUAUAACGAGCUUCGGCAGCACGAGAUCACAGAUGGGGAGAUUACUUCCAAGCCCAUGGUGCUGUUCCUUGGACCAUGGAGCGUUGGCAAAUCCACCAUGAUAAACUACCUCCUUGGGUUGGAAGACACUCGCUACCAGCUCUAUACAGGUGCUGAGCCCACCACCUCUGAGUUCACUGUCCUCAUGCAUGGACCCAAGCUGAAAACCAUCGAGGGUAUCGUCAUGGCUGCCGACAGCACCCGGUCCUUCUCACCCCUCGAGAAAUUUGGCCAGAAUUUCCUAGAGAAGCUGAUUGGCAUUGAGGUUCCCCACAAACUUCUGGAGCGAGUCACUUUCGUGGAUACACCAGGCAUCAUCGAGAACCGCAAGCAGCAAGAAAGAGGUUACCCCUUCAAUGAUGUGUGCCAGUGGUUCAUCGACAGAGCGGACCUCAUCUUUGUUGUCUUUGACCCAACCAAGUUGGAUGUGGGUCUGGAGCUGGAGAUGCUCUUCCGCCAGCUUAAGGGACGAGAGUCCCAGAUUAGGAUCAUCCUGAACAAGGCCGACAACCUGGCAACACAGAUGCUCAUGCGGGUCUAUGGGGCCCUUUUCUGGAGCUUGGCCCCGCUCAUCAAUGUCACAGAGCCCCCGAGGGUUUAUGUCAGCUCCUUCUGGCCACAAGACUACAAGCCCGAUACCCACCGGGACCUGUUUCUCAAGGAAGAGAUCUCUCUCCUGGAAGACCUGAACCAGGUGAUAGAGAACAGGUUGGAGAACAAGAUCGCCUUCAUCCGCCAGCAUGCCAUCCGGGUCCGCAUUCACGCCCUCCUGGUCGACCGCUAUCUGCAGACUUACAAGGACAAAAUGACCUUCUUCAGUGAUGGAGAGCUGGUCUUUAAGGACAUUGUGGAAGACCCCGACAAAUUCUACAUCUUCAAGACCAUCCUGGCAAAGACCAACGUCAGCAAGUUUGACCUUCCCAACCGCGAGGCCUACAAGGACUUCUUUGGCAUCAACCCCAUCUCCAGUUUCAAGCUGCUGUCUCAGCAGUGCUCCUAUAUGGGGGGCUGCUUCCUGGAGAAGAUUGAGCGGGCCAUCACGCAGGAACUCCCCGGCCUCCUGGGAAGCCUCGGGCUAGGGAAGAAUCCAGGUGCUCUCAACUGUGACAAAACAGGGUGUGGCGAAACCCCAAAGAAUCGCUAUAAGAAACACUAGGUCGUUGUGUCGCCGUUCUGGGGUUCUUGUUGGUGGAUGAGCUUGUGUCCUGUCUGAGAAGUCCUGGUUUAUUAACCCUUUGAGCCACACUGGCAAGAAUCUUUACACGCCGGAGAUUUGGGAGUUAAUUGAGGCCAGUGGUGGGGGAGGGUGCGGGUCAAGGGAGGCCAGAGGAAACUGUGAAUUAUAGUGUGCCGGUCUUGUUGCUUCAGUGGGGGGCCUGACUGAGGCAGGUCAGGCUCCGCCUGCUUUUCCUGGGUCCUAUCGCAAAGGGACAGAGAGCAGCUAAAUUCUAGUGUAUACUGAGCUUAUACUGAGGUGAUGAGCGUCCAGCUGAAAGCAGCUGAAAUUCCUUUUUCGCCCUCUAAGCUGGGAAAAUAGGGAAGACUUGAUUUCUGUAGGACUGCUCAGGUCCUUCGUGGCUUCCUCCCGCGCAGUCUCCUGCUGGUCCUCUAGCCCUCUCCUGCUCCUUGCUUGGGUUGGCUUCAACAGGGGACAGUCUCUUGGGUUGGAAU